GGCUAAUCCUCAACUCAACUUCUCAAACCAACCUCUGAAAUAGAAAGUGUAAUUCAAAGACAAGAGCAAAAGUGAGAAGAAUAGAGAGAAAUACUUUAGUUACCAAUGGGCUCAACUGUGAUAGCUAUUCCUGAUGGAGAGGCUGUUGCUCCUGUUCCCAAAGAGAAGAAGAGGUUUCGAGAAUCUCUUCUGCUUGUAGUUUCCUUCCUUCGGGAAAAGAAAAAUAAACAUGAUACGAAAAAACUGAUUCAUAGUAUCAAAGUUGGUAUUGCUCUUGUUCUGGUUUCUCUUCUCUAUCUCCUUGAUCCUCUGUACAAGCAAGUUGGAGAGAACGCCAUGUGGGCUAUAAUGACUGUUGUCGUCAUCUUUGAGUUCUUCGCAGGUGCGACACUAAGCAAAGGCUUAAAUCGUGGACUGGGAACUAUAUUAGGAGGUGGAUUGGGAUGUUUAGCAGCAGCUUUUGCUCAAGAAGUUGGUGGAGUUGGCGACGCCAUUGUAGUUGGCACUUCUGUAUUCGUAUUUGGUGCAGCAGCAACAUACUCCCGAUUGGUUCCAAGAAUAAAAAAAAGAUAUGACUAUGGAGUAAUGAUAUUCAUCCUUACCUUCAAUUUGGUCGUGGUCUCUGGCAUACGAGCUGAGGAGGUCCUACAAUUAGCUCGUGAACGUCUCACAACAAUUGUUUUGGGUUUUUCUGUCUGCAUUUUCACAAGCUUACUAGUCUUCCCCAUCUGGGCUAGUGAUGAGCUUCAUGACUCUGUAGCAUCCAAAUUUGAAGACCUCGCUAGUUCUAUUGAAGGAUGCUUCGAGGAGUACUUCAGAUUAGUAAAUGAGAAGGACAACCAACCCAGUUUUAGUUUCAGCCGUUGCAAAACAGUGCUCCAUUCAAAGUCAAAGGAUGAGUCACUGGUAAAUUUUGCAAGAUGGGAACCAUGGCAUGGAAAAUUCGGGUUUUCCUCCCCUUGGGCAAGAUACCUUAAGAUUGGAGAAAAUCUUCGGGAUGUGGCAGCAACAAUCCUUUCAUUUAAAGGAUGUCUUCAAUCUGAUAGACAGACCUCACAAACUCUGAGAGAACUAAUCAAAGAACCGUGUGAAGAAGUUGGGUCAUCACUUGCAUGGACCCUAAGAGAGCUUGGAGAUAGCAUGAAGAAAAUGAGAAGAUGCCAAACAGUUACUUCAAUAAUGCCAAAGUUGAAGUCAAUGAGACAAGAGCUAAGUCUGGUCAUGUCUCCUUCUACACUAGGACUACUGGAGAAUGGUGAUGGACUUGAAAUAGCAAGUUUUUUGUUCACAGUGACGGUGAUGGUAGACAAGGUGGAAGAAUUAACAAAGGAGGUUGAAGAACUUGGGGAACUUGCUCAUUUCCAUGUUUAAUAGACAAUUAUUCUAUAAGCACGUUAUACUGUAUAGAUUUUAGAGAAGCCUAUGUGAUAUGCCAAUUUUUGGCUUGUUGAACAUGCAUGUAUGUUUUAAGUUGUUAAAAAAAAAAAAAAAAAAAAAAAAGAGAGAGAGAGAGAGAACAAAAAAGUUUCAUGGGUGAGAUGAUCAAUUAGCAAAGAGAUGAAGUAGAGGAGGGAAAAGGGAGUUGAUCAAUGGUAAAAAA